AUGGACAUUGAUGAGCGUAUCGAAUUGGUGAAGAAGGUCCAGGGCGAGCUCUGGGAGGACCGUCUGAACGAAGCCUAUCGAAGUGGCCGCCUUUGUGCAUGGGCGUCAAGCUUCCAUCACGAUCGCCUCCCCUGCGAGCUUUCAGACAAUACCCUUCUUUACGGUUCUGACGGCACCACCUGGCUGCUUCGGCUCCCGCGAAUUGGUAAGGUCCAUGAUAGCUAUGCUGACGAGAAGGUCGCCGUGGAGGUUGCUGCCAUCAAUCUCAUACGACGUGACACCACAAUACCAGUUCCAAAGAUCGAGGCCUGGGGGCUUGCAGCACAAAACCCUCUCGGCCUAGGUCCAUUCAUCAUUAUGGAAUCCAUCCAGGGGCGGCACCUCAGCGACGACGAGAUCGAGACCAUCUACAGGCAGUUUGCCAGCAUCCUCCUUCGGCUUUUCAAGCUCGACUUUGACCGUAUUGGCAGCCUCGACCCUCCAAGCCCCGAACUUCGCUUGCCAACGCGGCCGCUGACUUGGAAGGUCCAUGAUAUCCUCCAGACUGGAGGGAUCGACAUUACCUAUACGCUCCUUUGGCACUAUCUUAGCUUUUCAUCGACAACUGAAUACUUCAAAUACGUAGCGGAGCAAGAUUGGAAACAGCUUGUCCAACAACCAAGUUCAACAUACGGCCAGUAUGACGCCAUGGCUAAAUACCGAACCUUUAGUAUUCUCAAGUCCUUGAUACCGGACUUUUUUCACAGCAACUUCGACCGGACUAAGUUCAAGCUCAUCUGCGACGACCUUGGCGCAGCGAAUCUGAUGAUUAGAAGUCGGCAGGACCUUACCAUUAUCGGCAUUGUUGACUUCGAAUGGUCCUAUAUUGGCCCAGCCCAGCUCUUCGGCUCGGCCCCUUGGUGGCUUCUCAUGGACCGGCCGACAGAUCAGGCCUGGGACUGCUACCAAGGGGAGCCAACUAAAUUGCUACCCGUUACUUUAACAGAAGAAGAGGCAAAAACCCCGGGUCAUGAGGAAAACGAGCUCUCGCACCUCGUCCAUUGGUCAGAACACUCAGGCGCCAUGUGGCUCCAUAUGCUCCUCACGACUGGCUUCAACGAUCCCUGUUCAUUCCCUUUGACGAAGCUGAUACAGCAUGUAGGUGCUGGUGAGUGGGAAAGGCGCGAGAGAGAACUCGACGAGGACGAGUACAACCGUGACCUACAGAAGAUCGAGGAACACUCUGUUCUCAUGGCCGAAGGAAAGAUAAGGAAGGAGGACUUCGUUGCUAUGCAUUCUCUUUUUUGA